CAACAGUCGCAGUGCAAACAAGACGGCAAUGAAGCAGAUUCUGGUGGCAUUAUUGGCCGCUCUGCUGGUAGCCGCCGCAGGCGGAAUUCUGGGCAGGAUUUUUCACCGGGAGUCUACCCAUCCACUCCCCUCCACCUCCACAACUACAACCACGGAGGAGCCCCGUCGUCCCUUCUUCCUCAACAACAAUAUACCCCCGAUUCAGGAAGGCUGUGAAGGGCAGUUCAAGUGCAAGAAGAAGCUCACCCAGGUCCCGGCUCCCAGGCCCUGUUUGAAGUACUGCCUCCACCGAGUGACCUGUCCCAACAACCAGACCAACUGCCAACCCAACCAGUGCGUCGAUCUGAACGAGGAGCAGGUCCUGGCGCCUAUGAGCACCACGGAACCCCCAGUCGCCGGAAAACCCGCCGUCAACACCAUGAUGGUGGCCAUGAUCGACUUUCCCUCACCGGGCUAUCUGCCCGACCAUCGUGGUCGCUGUCGGGAAAUCUGGUAAUUCGACGGCUCUCGUGACACGUGCCCAAUGCAUAAUUAUUAGGUAUACCUGUGGAAUUUUUUAUAAACAUGCAUAGUCUGAAUAAUCACAAUAAAACCCCAAUGAACUGCUGAACUGCCCAAAGA